CCUCAGCAUGGGUCACUUCCAGCGCCUGUUCGCGAAGCUGGAUAAAAACAGGGACGGGUUUGUCUCAGUCCAGGAGCUCCACGAAGAGAUGAGGAGGGUCGGGGUUGUGUGUGCGGAUGAAAAAGCUCGGACGAUCGUGGCAAACAGUGACCGUGAUAAAGACGGCCGGCUGGAUUAUGAGGAGUUCCUCGGCUACAUGAUGGACAGAGAACAGAAGUGGAAAAUAGACUUCCAGGCUCUUGAUAAGAAAAACUGUGGAGCCAUUGACCAGGAGGAUAUCAUAAAUGUGUUUAAGGAAUUAGGGGUGGUCAUAUCAAAGACGAACGCAAAGAGAAUAAUCCAGAUGAUGGAUGAGGACAACUCCAUGACUGUGGACUGGGGGGAAUUCCUGCACCAUGUUAUCAUCAACCCAGCGGAAAAUAUCGGAGAGCUUGUGUCCUCAUGGAAGCACACGCUGGUGUUUGAUGUUGGUGAGAGUCGAUCUAUGCCGAUAGAGUUAACUCAGGAGGAGACGGACCUGUCAGUGUGGAGAAACUUCAUCCUGGCUGCCGGUGCGGCUGAUGCUGUUUCUAGAACUGUUACAGCUCCAAUCGACCGGCUGAAAACUCAGCUACAGGUUUAUGGAUCCAAGGCUGUUUCUUUGGGAUUGCAAGACCUGAAAACUGGAGGAUUGAGGUCUAUGUGGCAGGGAAAUGCAGUCAAUGUGCUUAAAGGAACUCCACAAUCAACACUGCAGUGUUUCCUUUAUGCCCAGAUGAGGAAGCAGGUCUUGGGUGAAAGAGACUAUCUGUCAGUGGAGCAGAGGUUUGGACUGGGCUGUGUGUCUGGAGCUGUGGCACAUGCUGCUUUUUACCCCCUAGAGGUGCUGAAGGUCAGGCUUAACGUGCAGCAGGCCGGCACUUACAGUGGACUUCUGGGAUGCGCCAAGUCCAUUUACUACAGCGAGUCUGUGUCAGCUUUCUACAGAGGUUUCAGGCCGAGCCUCCUCUGCAUGAUGCCCUAUGCUGGAGUGGAGUGCGCCGUCCAUCAGUCGAUAAUGAGCUGGGCAAGACGAAACCCCACCAACAGCAGUGACUCCAAACUGCUGUUCUUCAGCUUUGUGGCCUUUGCGAGUGGACAGGCCAGCAGCUACCCUCUGGCGGUCAUUAGAACCCAGCAGCAAGCGCAAGCUUUUACAUCAAACUCACAGACAUCUACCAACAUCCUUCAAGCACUGGCGGGGAUCUAUGAGAAGAGCGGAGUGCGAGGCUUCUACAGCGGGAUGGGGGCUAGUUUUGUGAGGGCCGUGCCGUGCGCCCUUCUGAAUUACACCCUCAUCUCUAAACUGGAAGAGCUGCUCUCCUCAUAUCUCUGA